AGAGAUAGUUUAAACUUAAAAUACAUUAUUUCACCGAAAGAGUAAAAUUCUGGAAAAAAUGUCCGAUACUCCUGAAUCUGAGACUGAUCAAGAAAUCUUACUUGGAGUCUCCUACCCUGAGAACAAACCACCUGACGAGGCUAAAAUGGAACUUAUAAUUCACCCUCUUCUUCCGAAUCCUGCAGUUAACCCAUUAAGCCCGAAGUCUGAAGUCAACCCUUUCAGCCCGAAGUCUGAAGUUAACCCUACAAGUCCAGGGCCUCCCCUGCAAGGAUCCUGCAGAUUAACGCUGACUGUGCUGUGCUUUUUUGGAAUUUAUCAUCUUAUGGCGCUGAGAUUUAACAUCAGUAUGGGAAUUGUAUGCAUGUCUUCUGAUCCAACGGACUCGCAGAGAUCUGGUUCCAUCUGUAAUGCAGACGAGGAAAAAAGGGGUUUAUUGUUUUCAGAAUGUUUGAUGGAUCUGCAGGAAUCAAAUUCAACAGGGUUUGAUGAUUCCUCUCAAACAUUGGAGUUUUCAUGGUCUAAAACUUUACAGGGAAGUAUCCUCAGUUCAUUCUACUAUGGAUAUAUUAUAACACAGGUGGUAGGAGGGUAUACCAGUGAUAGAUGGGGAGGAAGAACUGUACUAUUGUACGGGAUGUUUAUUCUGAGUCUAAGCACCCUGUUUAUUCCUGUAGCAGCCAGAAUCCAUCCUUAUUUAUUAGUCGGGAUCAGGAUUAUUCAGGGGCUGGCAUCUGGCUUUGCAUUUCCCAGUGUUUACAAUAUUUUUACUGCCUGGAGUCAUCCAACAGAGAAAGCAACUCUGAUGUCAAUCAGCUUUGCAGGUAUUCCUACGGCAACGGUUACUAUAUAUCCCGUUGUUUCCUGGUUUUGUGAGUCUGGAAUACUUGGUGGCUGGCCUAUGGCCUUCUAUCUACCCGGAACUACAGGUUUGGUUUGGUGUAUACUGUUUAGUCAGCUGAUCUACAAUACACCUGAAGAACAUCCAAGAAUAUCGUCUGGAGAGUUACUCUACCUUGAAAAGGGAGAGAAACAAGAUGUAGUUCUGACUAGGCACCGUGUACCUUGGAAACUAAUUUUAAGAAGUCGAGCAGUUCAUUGUCUAUGGAUUACCCAUCUUUGCUCUUCCUUUGGUUACUAUCUCAUCAUCAUUAAUAUUUCAUUAUUCAUCAGAGAAGCUCUCAACUUUAGUGUUAUCUACAAUGGAUUUCUUUCCAUGCUUCCCUCCUUAGGAAUGCUAAUUUUUACUUGCACAGGAAAACUGUUUGAUUGUCUGAGAUCCAAAUCCUUGAUGUCUCUCACCAAUCUAAGGAAGGUUUUCAACUCCAUUGCUUUCUUUAUACCUGCAGCCUGCUUUCUCACCCUUCGCUUCAUACCUCAACAUAUGAAGGUUGGUCAUGUGGCGCUUCUAUCCUUGGGUUUAACAAUUCACGAGCUAGCAAUGACGGGAGGAUUCUACUUUUCACAUUCAGAUAUAGGUGGUCCACAUUCCGGAGUUUUAUUUGGAAUAACAAAUACAUUUGCUCAGAUUCCAGGAUUUCUAACCCCUAUUCUGGUCUCAUCCAUGACUCAACACGGAACGUUGGAUGAAUGGUACACUGUGUUCCAGGUGUCGGGAAUUAUUUACAUAAUUGGUGGAUUUGUCUACUUAGGAUUUGGAAGCUCAGAGCUUGAACCAUGGGCUAAAAAAGAUGCAGUGGAAUUAGUUUAAUUUGAUAAAGCAUUAUUUUCGAAUGUAAGAUCGUUUUCCAGUGCACAUAUUGACAAGGUUAGACAUGUGUUUCAGAGAAAUGGAAAAAUGCAUUUUGAAAAUUCUGCAUUUUUGGCAUUCCUUACGGAAUAGAUUUUCGCUUUUCCGCGGAAUUCCGCGUUACUCUGUUUGCGCAUUUGUGCUGGAAAGUUUGCUUCCGCUAAAAGCCCUAUAAUUUACACACAAAGAUGAGACCAAUAGCACUUGUGAGUUGUGACUCUUUGAUUACAACAAUAUGAAGGUUACAUUCGGUCUUCUGCCUAAAAUACAGUUUAUAGUUUAUAAAAUGAUUUGACUAAAACAAAAAAUUGCAUGAAAUGUAUAGCUGUAAAAAUAAGAUUAAAAUCUGUACAGCAGUCUCUGAAGUCCCAUCCCUUGUCGGGUAACAUUGUACUUCAGAUUUGAAAUCGUAUUUAAGUCAAUAAAAAACUUAUUCGUAAGCUUUCAAAUAUGUGA